AUGGUGUUCAACACUCGCAAUGCUUCCAGAGGUCUGCAACAGUGGAUGAAUGUAGAUCGGUUACUCGGCUCACUCAUAAUGAACAUGUACCAGAUGACCCCAGUUUGGCACCAACCUGGAUAUCAAUUCAUCUACUCUUCAGCAUCAGAAUCCAACAAGGCUUGGUUUGCUGUGACAGAGAGGAACGUUUACACGGGUUACAAGGAAUAUCCAUAUUUCCUUGUCCCUCUCCAGGACUCUGUUCCCUUCACCGUUCUCGACGAGUCUGACGUGGUACCCAACCAUGACUUGGCCCGACUAGGACAAUUUGGACCAUUUCUGUCACAAGAAGUCAUACAGAUCGAUUUGGGUGGUCUUAUGCUGGGAAGCAUGGUGUAUGUGCUUGCUAUUGAGGCAAGCACUAAGAACCAAGGAGGAGAACAAGAUUCAUACAAGCUGUUGUACAGCACAGACAUCUGCAAUACCGAAGAUAGAGUGACCUAUCGGCGACAAGACGGUAUGAUUGUGGUACGUAUAGUGACAUCGAUAUUCUAUUGCUUAUAA